AUGGCGCCAACGUCGAGCGCCGCUGAAAUCUCACUGCACUCACUGGACGACCUGGAGGCUUUUUGGAAAAACGAGAUCAAAUUGAUUCCACUGUUGAAUGAGGCUGAGGAGUUGCCGGUGGAUGUGCUGGAGGAUUCGAAAAAUGCGAUUUUCCUGUUGUCACCAGUGCAAGAAACGGGACUGGCGCCGCAAAUCUCUCCAGUGCUAUCAGAACACAGUUAUUCGAUGGCGUCACCCAUUCUGGAACACAGGAAAGUCGUGUAUCCAGUUAAAACAGGGAAUUUCCGAAAAUCCGAGAUCUCGCCGGGCACCUCGGUGGGCUCUGUCCUCAAAUCAAUCUAUUCAAAUCAUGUCCCACUUUCGCGGACUCCAAGACUUCGAAAACCGAUUUUUGUCCCGCAAAGGACGCCUGUAAAGCUUUUGAAUGCAAAUUUCUCGCAAACAAAUCCCACAAAACUGCUGAAAGCCAGAGAGAAUCUGAUGGUUGCGACGAGUAAUGGUACUCAACCGAAAUUAUCAUCGAGACAGGAGUUUUUGGCGUUAGCUAGCGAGCAGGGAAGCCCUUUGCCGAGGGGCUGUCGAGCAGACAACUCGUUGCUGGUGUUGACCCAGAAAUUUCUCGAUCUACUUUUGACGAAUCAGUUAGUGAACUUGAACGAAGCAGCUGAUAUGUUGAAAGUGCCAAAGCGACGGUUGUACGAUAUCACGAAUGUUUUGGAUGGCAUUGACAUGAUUAAUAAAGCCGGAAAGAACUCCAUCUCAUUGAAGAAUCCGGCUCGCGCACGUCAGAUGAUGAACGGGAAUCAGAUGAAAAGCUUGCAACAGAGAGUGGUUCAACGAGAAAAGCGUGACGCGCUGAAGGUAAAGGGAAACGAUUUGGAUCAAAUUAUCGCUAGUUUGGAAGGAGCUGUGAAAAUCGCGAAGGAAAGUCCCGUGGAUCGAACGUAUUGCUACGUUCGAAACGAGGAUUUACGGCGAGCCACUGGAGCCGAUGACAAAACGCUGAUCGUCGUGAAAUUACCCUUUGCCACGCACUAUGAUGUGACGAAAUCGAAUUUCGAUGAAACAAACCGGCAUUCAUGCUUGAUUCGGAAUCGUGAAGGAUAUCAAGUGAAAGUCACACUCUUGCCGAAUCCUAUUGAGUAUCAGCCUCCAACUGAUUUCGCUGUCCCGCAACUUCCGAGCAUCCCCGUGAAAUUAGAGCACGAGGAAAGCUCGAAGAACUUCCCGUUGUUGUCCGAUACAACACUAACUCUCUCAGCAGCGAUUCCAUCGGUUGGCACAAUCGAGCAGUUCAAUUACGAUCAUCAAGAGCCAUGCUCAUCAAGAUCGCAUAACGAUGAGGUGGUGAUGCCAACGCCAGGUAUCUUGCCCGACUCAUCACUAGCAUUGCCGCUAGUCACUCCAUCAAAAUUGUUCUCUCCAGGCACUUCAAGCUUUCUCAUUUCACCGUUAAAGACAUUGCUGGAUUCCGAGCAAAUCCAAUUGACUCCUGGUCCGUUUUCCUUCGACGACACUUCCCAUCUUCCUCUUCCUCUUCCUCAUCUUACUCCAAGGGGUACUGGUGCUACUUUAGAUCUACUAUACGAUGAUAGUGUCUGGCAUUUCUUUGAUCGCAAUUCACAAAAUGGCCUU